CUAUUGACAUUUCUAAACAAAAUAUAAACCGCGAAAUAAUUUACAAAAUACUACUGAAUCUUUACAGAUUUUGUUUUAAUAUUCGCUCAUCACUGAGAAUAUUCGUGUUCACAUAAUGAUUAUAAGGGAAAAAUAAAAAUAGUGUCUCAGCAAUGAAUUACAAAUACUCAGCUAUGAAUGACGUACUUCUGAGAAAACAUAUAACAGCUCAAUUAGACAAUAUUACUUGUAUUAAUUGUUGUAAAUAUUACUUAGUUCCAACUACAGCAAAAUGUGGCCAUUCAUUAUGUCAUACAUGUUGGAGGACAAACCGCACUUGUCCCAUAUGUGCAUUGCAAGUUGAGAAGAAAUCAUUGAGAUUAAACUGUCCAUUACAAACUUUGACUGAGCAUACUCUUUUGCUUGGCAAAGCAUUUCAAUCUCUUUUUAAGAUAAAUUUGAAUGAUAUUACACCAUCUGAUGAACAACAACAUGUUAAAGAGUGGUUAGCAAAUUCUUCAAAUCAAUUUUCAGCCCCAGUUAGUAGUUCACAACCAUUUUCUGAAGAACCAAUCAAAGCUAUACACCAGGUAACAAGUGACAUUCAAAUACACACUAGCAAUCUUAGGGUAAAAGAACCAGAAAGAGAAAUUGUUCAAAUGAACGUUGUUCAGGAUGAUUGGGAUAAAAUUGAAGAAAUGCCAGACAUAGAAAAUAAUAAAAUUCUGAAAAAUGCUGUUGGUCCAAUGGAUAUAGAGCCAUUUGAUUUUUAUAUGGAUGAUCAGAAGUAUAAUACACAUAACCCCCGUAGAAGUUCAAGGAAUAAAGAGUUUAAAACUAGCAAUACAAUUACCAAUGAUGUUUCUUCAGAUAAAGAAAGUGAAAAAAGUGACAAUAUAAAUUCAAACAAGAAGUCAAAAAACCUAGGGCUAAACUGGAAAAAUGUCAAAAGAAUGAAGAAAGAGUUCAGUAAAUUGAAUAAGAAAAACAAUAACAAAUUAAAUGUUUCUAUUGAAAUGUGUAAGAAAGCAAAACCUUCUGCAAAUAAAGCAGCUACAUUUAAAACAGAGCAAGUGACUUAUAAUAUUGAUGACAAUACUCCUGGUACUCAUCUUAAUAAUGACAUUGAAAUGUGUGUUCCUCCUAAUAAUGAGAAUUUCAAUAAAGACAAUCAAAUAAAUAAGGAAAAAAAUACUUAUAUUUCUAAAGACCAGUCAAUAAGCUCUUUAAAUGGCAUGGAUAUUCCAAACAAAGUACUAAGUAAUAGUGCAUUUGUACAUAAUCAAUAUAAACAGCAAUUGAAAUCAGAUUUACAGGAUAAAACGAAUCAAAACAUUGAAAAUUUGAAUAAGGAUGCAAGAACUACCAAAGUUAACUUUUUUAAAAGAGGUCCUUUGCAAACAAAUUUUCUAGAUACAGGGGUUAUUAAUGCUGAACCUAAUAUUAAAGUUAGUAACACAGCUAGACAUGACACAGAUGACAUUGAAAUAACAAUUAAAAUAGGCAAGACUGUGUCAAAUAUUUGUAUACAAAAAAAGGAAAAAGAUGUGAAGGUAAGUAUUAAAUCAGAUCAGGAAAUUCAGACUUCUCUGAGUACUUGUAUGGGGAAUGAACACAAUUUGCAUAGUUCUCUUAUUGAGCCUAAUGCACAAACUGGUAGCCAUAACAAUAUUGCAAUGAAUAAUGAUAUUUCUGUAUGCACUUCUCAACAAGGUAUAUCAAAAGUACAAAAACAAAAAUCCCUUUCUACUAAGAAGAAUACAACAUCUGCUGAUACAUCAUCAGCUCACUUUGAAAUUACUGAAAGUGAAGAAAAAGAAUUUGAAGAUCAAAUGGAAAAUGUCCCACAUGCAAACAAACAGGACAAAAAUGAUUCACAAAAAUUAAUAAAAUCAGAUUGUACUUUAAAGAGCAAUAAUCAGCUUUCUUUGAAAAAUUUGGAGGCAAUAACUGAAGAUGUAGAAUUUUUAAAUGAUGUUGAUAUCUUUGAAGGGGAAUCUGUUAAAGAAGGCAAUAUUCAAACACUUGAAUCAACUGCAAAUACUCCAUCCGCUAUAAUCAUGCCAACAGUCAAAAGUAAGUCUACAUCACAAAAAAAGACUAAUAAAAGGGACAGAGAAAUUUGUGAUACCGAAAAUCUCUCCAAGAAUAAAAAAAUUAAAAUAACACAAGGAAGCAUUAGCAACAGUAAAAGCUCAAGGAAAGCAGUUGUGAAUAGCAAUAUUUUAGACGGGGAAAGUGAAAAUAUUAAUUAUGAUUCAAUAAUGAGCCAAGUGUUUGCCAAUAUUAAUGCUGAUAUGCAAAACUUGCAAAAAACCGACCCAAGCAUUCAAAUGCAAACUCAAAUAAGUAAUACUCAAAAGAGUAAUAAUAAGAAAAUUCAACUACCAAAUAUGAAACAAGCUAUAAACAAAAUAACUGAUGAGGAAACAAAUCAGAAGUGUAGUGAAAAUAUGUUUUCUUUGUUAGAAAAAGAAGAUAAUACUGAAAAAAAAAAUAGUCAUAAGACUCUUGGAUUAAGUCAGCACCCCAAAGAUAAUUCUGUGGGAAGAGCUCCUAAGAUUGAUCUGGCAAUGGAAAAUAAUCAAAAAAUCGCAUCACAAAAUAUUGUGGACUUUGUUGAAUUUGGCACACCAAUAGAAGAUGAUGAUGAUAAAAGCGUUUUUGAGGAAACUCCACAAAAGACAACCUCUUUUUUAAAAAGCAAAAAUAAGAAUGAAAUACCAGCAACAACUGAUGAUUUGGUUGCUGAGCAUUGCCUGAUGACAGAAAACAAUAAAUCAACAAACAUGACAGGCUGCCAUGGUAAAGAUAUAACCAUCGAAGAUUCAGCUAAUGUUAUAAGUAUAUCAGAUUCGGCAGGGGAAAUAACCGAAGUGCGGAAAUCAGCCUUAGAGACACCUCUGACAAUAACAAAAUUUGUCGAUAAAAUUACACACAAAUCAACACCUUUGGCACGGAAAUCACUGAAUUUUAGCUGUCGAAAUCUUAAUAAUGACCUCGAGGAGACACUAUGCCCAAGCUCUGUGGUGGCAGCAAAAACUACACAAGAGAGAGAGUUCAUGAGUAGAGCCUUUGAGCAGACUGUAGAGUCGCCAACACAUACCUUGCAUGCAGGGAAGGAACGAAGAAGGGCAACAAAUCUGUGUAUAGCAGGCUCAUGUUUAGUAUCUAAUGAACUGGCUAUUUUGAAACAGCUCUGCCUACAAAGAAACUGGAUAUUUGUUGAGAAGUAUACAAAGGAUUUGACACAUCUAGUUGUUGGAGUGGAUGAGGAGAAUAGAUCGCAGAGGUCUGUAAAAUACAUUUGCGCCUUGGCAAGUGCAAAAUGGAUUGUUUCAUUCGCGUGGGUGGAAAAGUGCAUCCAAUUAAAAGAAAUUGCAGAUGAAGAGCCGUACGAGGCAUUGGACGCGGCUGGAGAACCGGGUCCCAGGAGAUCGCGACUCGCCAAGAACAGAUUGCUGCAAGGAUUCACAUUCUACUGCAUGCCGCCCUUUACCAUCAUUGAUAUUGAAACCCUGAAGGAUAUCUUGGAAGCUUCCGGAGGGCGCGUGGUCAAUAGCGCCGGCGAUGUACGCCUGAAGAACGCGCCCGCGAUGCUUCUGGCUGAACCUGAGCACACGCAAGAGGAUCGAUUCAUAUAUCUUGCCAUGGAAUUACAAAUCGUGCCAGUAAACUACGAAUGGGUGCUCAAUUGCUUGGGAACUUAUACUCUGAAGCCAAUAAGCGACCUGCUGUUGUGUCCGGCCACACUUCUGCCGCCAGCUGUUAAUGACUGGCCGCCUGAAUUAAUAUUGUCAUGUGAUGAAUAAAUUUAUUUGAUAAUAAAUCUAUAUAUAUAAAGAUGU